AUGGAGGAAUGCACCCAAUGGAUUAUAGGUUGUGGAGAAAUUAUGUUUUGGACGGAUAAUUGGAUAGAAGAGCAAUUGAUAGGCCCGUUGCCGUACGAUAAUAAUCUCACUGUGGCAGCUGCUUUUCAUAAUAUUUCGGAGUUUAUGCAGUUUAUCCCUGUCCGAUUACUUGAUAAAAUUAGCCGUGUCAGGCUAGAUACAAAUAUCCCUGAUAUGCUAAUUUUUACCCUUUCUCAAAAUGGUGAAUUCUCGAGCAAGGCUUAUUAUAAUCAUCUUCGGAUUUGGGGUCCCGGGAAAAUCAGCGUUAUUUCUCGGGGUAUCCCUUUGGUGUCAAGAUGUGUUUGCUGCAAAAAUCCAAAGCAAGAAGACGUCCCCCAUUUAUUUUUUGGAUCGGAAAUUGCCAAGGCAGUAUGGAAACGCGUGGGUGAUUUAUUCAAUCUCCCAUCGGGAUUUUCUUCUACUAAACACGCUUUAAGCACGUGGAACCCAAAGCCGAAGGCGCUUUCCUAUUACCCGAUGAUCCAAGCAUCGGUGGUGUGUCACACUCUUCGAGAAAUCUGGCUUGCUCGGUGUAAGGUGGUUUACGACGGAGGAAGUAUGUCUAUCGAAGCCAUAAGCAGACGAGUUUUCCAUAAUAUUCAACAUUUGGGUACAGUACACGCUCCUCGCCAACCCUCCACUAAGAUUCAAAGGCUGCGAUUGGAGGCGGCUGGAUUUCGCUUGUUUCAUCCGCCAGAGAAACGAGGAGCAUGGCACAAGUGGGAGUUUCCUUUAACGGGUUGCUAUAAGUUAAAUACUGAUGGCUCUGCUAAAGAAGAUAGUUGCACGGGUGGAGGUAUCAUUCGGGAUUCAGGCGGUAAUAUUAUAGCAGACUUUUCGUCCUAUUUUGGAGAAGGGUCCAAUAAUGUGGUGGAGUUUCUAGCUGUAUGGCAUGGCCUUCGUCUAUGUAAGUUGAUGGGAGUCUUUCUGGUUACGGUGGAAACAGACUCGCUAUUGGUAGUUAAUGCUAUACGGAGCAAUUGUGUUGCUUGGGAUCUCGUCUAUGUUCACCGUCUUUGGAUGCAGGAGGUGACGGAUGGGUGCAAUUUUCAGCAUGUGUUUCGACAGAAGAACAUGGUUGCAGACCGUCUAGCAAACUGGGCGUACACACAUAAAUCAAGUCAAGAGUUCUUCUCGGGGAUUAGCUUACCGAAUAGGAGCUUUUAA